AUGCAACAUCACACAUCAGAUUCCUGGAUUGAUAUUCAAUCAGAAGAAAAACAAACUCCAACUCCAGAAACAACUACAAAGGCACAAAAGGAAUCAUCACGUGUUGGCUCGAAAAGUUCACAUAGUGAUAGCUCAUCACCGAAGAGUCCGAAGAGUCCAAUUCAAACGGAUGAAAAUGUCGCUAACUGGAUGUUAUAUUGGUCACGGGUUGAGUCUGAACCACCAAAAGAAUGGAAAUUUCUUCAUCCGAUCAAUCGAAGUGUCCGUGAUCAAUUACUCGACGAAGACGAAGAAGAACGCGCAGCUGAAGAAGCAGCCAAAGCUUUAAUCGAAAAAAAACGUAUGCGUUAUGUUCUCUUAAGCAAUUGUGCCAGUUUUCUUCUUGGCAUGGGAAUUAUGUACUUAUGUUUACGUCGCUACCUUCGUAUGAAAACACCCUACUUUUAUACAUUGGAUUAA